GCGGGGCACGUAGGGGACGGCGGCGCGGCUGGUGGAUAGCUGAGCAGUCGGGCUGCCUGACUGACCGGCUUGGGCGUCUGGGCCUUGAAUGUGUGACUGCCUGUUCCGGUCGGCAAGUUCCCCUCUCCAGCUGCCCGCCGUUCAUAGCAUGUCCCCCAGAGCCCGGGGAGCGCAGGCAGGGCUGGCUUAGAGAAGACGCGGUAGCCAGCGCUUGGGCCACAGACGUCCCGCUCUCUUCCUCUGUCUCUGGAGAACCGCCGGGCCGAGCGGCUGGGAGAAGCAGGCCAGAGCCUUCCAGGGCCUCGGGCCCGGGGACCCAAGGAGGAUGAGCUGGCUCUUUCCCCUGACCAAGAGCGCCUCCUCCUCCGCAGCUGGGUCCCCCAGUGGCCUCACCAGCCUCCAGCAGCAGAAGCAGCGCCUGAUCGAGUCUCUCCGGAACUCACACUCCAGUAUAGCUGAAAUACAGAAAGAUGUGGAAUACAGAUUGCCAUUCACCAUAAACAACCUGACAAUUAACAUUAAUAUAUUGCUUCCUCCACAAUUUCCUCAGGAAAAACCAGUGAUCAGUGUUUAUCCACCAAUACGACAUCACUUAAUGGAUAAACAAGGAGUGUAUGUUACCUCUCCAUUAGUAAACAAUUUUACAAUGCACUCAGAUCUUGGAAAAAUUAUUCAGAGUUUGUUGGAUGAGUUUUGGAAGAAUCCUCCAGUUUUAGCUCCUACUUCAACAGCAUUUCCUUACCUAUACAGUAACCCAAGUGCGAUGCCUCCUUAUGCUUCUCAGGGCUUUCCAUUUCUUUCUCCAUAUUCCCCACAAGAAGCAAACAGGAGUAUCACUUCUUUAUCUGUUGCUGACACGGUUUCUUCUUCAACAAGUCAUACCACAGCCAAGCCGGCUGCUCCUUCAUUUGGCAUCCUUUCAAACCUGCCAUUACCUGUUCCUGCAAUGGAUGCCUCAAUACCGACAAGCCAAAAUGGUUUUGGUUACAAGAUGCCAGAUGUCCCUGAUGCAUUUCCAGAACUCUCAGAACUAAGUGUGUCACAACUCACAGAUAUGAAUGAACAAGAGGAGGUAUUACUAGAACAGUUUCUGACUUUGCCUCAACUAAAACAAAUUAUUACUGACAAAGAUGACUUAGUAAAAAGUAUUGAGGAACUAGCAAGAAAAAAUCUCCUUUUGGAGCCCAGCUUGGAAGCCAAAAGGCAAACUGUUUUAGAUAAGUAUGAAUUACUUACACAAAUGAAGUCUACUUUUGAAAAGAAGAUGCAAAGGCAGCAUGAACUUAGUGAGAGCUGUAGUGCAAGUGCCCUACAGGCAAGAUUGAAAGUAGCUGCACAUGAAGCUGAGGAAGAAUCUGAUAAUAUUGCAGAAGACUUCUUGGAGGGAAAAAUGGAAAUAGAUGAUUUUCUCAGUAGCUUCAUGGAAAAGAGAACAAUUUGCCACUGUAGAAGAGCCAAGGAAGAGAAACUUCAGCAGGCAAUUGCAAUGCACAGCCAAUUCCAUGCUCCACUAUAGAGCCUGCAUUUCCAAUCAAGACAGCCAACCUCCCUGGCUUCCAGCUCCAGCUCUCCAGGGCUUUCCCCAGAAGCGCAGACACAGCAUGGACAGCCAAGGCACAAGGCCAUGGUUUCUGCAUCCUCUGUCUUUUCCCAGUUUCCAGAGCCGGAAGUGGUUAGACUACGGCAACAGAUUCCUCUCUGGGUCUCUAUGAUCACAAGGAGCAGAAGUGGCAGACUACACUGGUUUUGCUUGAAAUGCAGCAUUUCUGCUCAUCAGCAUGUGGUUGGUUUGGCCACAUGAGUAACUCUUCUAUAUUACAGAAUCCAUCUCUUUCAUCUCCUAUCCACACAAGUGUGUAAGUCUGUGGGUACGGGUCUUGUAGUGUUCGCUGCUAUAUGCCGAAGUGUGUGUGGAGGUGGCAGGAGGUUACAUGCAUGUGGAUAGCAGUGGCUGCUGUUUAGAAAUUUGAGUCAGAACCUCCAAUAUUCUCCCUUCUAAGGGUCUUCAACGAGGAUACAGUUUUUGAACCUGAUCUCCAUAAAAGAAUGGCUGGUUAUUGCUCUAUUCCUAAAUGUCCUUAAAUGUGGAUCAAACUAACAUUAUGAGGAAGAAAGAAAACUAGCCCUGUGUACCAUUGUAGAGUCCCUGACUGCUAAUCACCAAGUGACAAAACCACAUCACAGUGAUGCUUAAAAAAGUAACAGAAAGGUUCUUAAAUAUUUAAAGAGCCACUAUAACAUUAUAUUCUUCCCAGAUUAUCACACCUAUGUAAAUAGCAUCAUUGGGGGAAAAAACACAUUUUAAAAUCAAAACUAUCUUAUUCCCUUUUGGAAUCAAAAUAUUGAACUGCAUUUUUUAAUGCUGUGCAUAAGGAAAUGGUUUACCUUCCAGCAUUUUCUGCAGACUGUUCCUCAUGACAUGGAUGUUCUCUAUCCCGAUAAACUGAAACUUGAUAUUGGAAUAAUUGUCUUCAUUCUCAUAGCCUUUCCCUGCAGCACGAUUUGCCAUUGCAUUAAGCUGCAGUGGUCAGCAAAACAGAACAGUCAUCAAUUACACUGAUGAAACAAUGAUGAAACAACCAAAACAUUUCAUGGAUACCCAAUCAAAGCAUUCAAAAUGAUGUGCAGAAACACAGUAUGCUUAUUUGAAUCACUGCAACAUUGUACAGAACUACAUAGCUUCAGGCACUCCUGCUGAGCUUAUAUUCAACAGCAUGAAUUUGUUGUGUGGAUUACAUUUUCUUAGCUGGGAAGCAGUCUACAGAUAAAUCCUUCUGGAGAUGUCUCUUGCAGUCCCCUUCAAAGAUGCCAAACUGAUUGCCAAAUUCUGUGAUGGAACCAAGUAGUCCAAUUUAAUACUACAUAUAAUCCGUAGGUUGGCAGAAGAAUAACAGCAGAAACAGCUGUCAAUAUAAGGCUCUAAACAUUAUAUUAUUAUGUCUUCUAGUAUUACAUUGGUCAAUAAACAUAUUAUCAAAUAGGAAUGGUUGCAUCAUUCUGAUUUGCCCACAAGAUCCCUCAGAUACCAAGUUAAACCUUGAGCAGAAAUUACUAAAUAAAAUGAAGACAAGGAAUGCAACCGAGUCUCCAGAGGCAUUUCCUCCAGCCAUUUUAUUUAAAUCUAGAGCUCUAUUGGACUUUUUGAUCACUUUCAUUAUUGUAAUUUUACAUAUGAGAAGCUGGAGUCUUCAAGGGCAAACUAGGUUAAGUCAUAGUGGUCUUUGACGAAAUUUAUUAAAUCCAAACACUGCCCUAGCCCUGCAUGGCUAAAAUCAAAAAGGUGACAAGUCCAACUUUAGCUGAGAAAUACUUAGUCUUCUAGAACCGGAAAACAUACUUGCUAUUUAAUGAAGCAGGUCAUCACAUCCUGGAAAACAGUAUUGACUGACCACUCUCCUCCUCUACCCACCAAGGACAGGAGGGCUAUCUCUAUGCCAGGAACUCACCGCCAGAAAAAAGAUCUGCUUUUAAGAGCACAAUGCCAUGCAGUACUUUUCAAAAAGCUAAGUUGAAACAGCUAAGUUUAAAGUUAAAGACACAUAUCUUCUUUGACACAGUUCUCCUAAAAACCUGACGAAACUGAAAGUACCAGCACAUAAAAAUAGAUGCCCAAGAAUGUUUAUUGCAAUAAAGCUGAAAACCCAGGGCUACCUCAAUAGGAGAUGGUUUAUCAUGCCCUGGACUGUAAGCAGCGACCAAGGAGGAGGCCACAGAUCACACAGCAAACAGACAGAUGCUCCGAGGCUUACAAUGGGGUUACGUCCCAAUGAGCCCAUCAUAAGUUGAAAAUACCCUAAGUCAAAAGUGCAUGGAAAAUGCAGCUGCGCCUGCUGUUGCCACCCAGCAUCACAAGGGAAGUAUAGUUUCUUAAAGUUCUAUUGCUUUUGCACCAUUAUAAAAAGUCAGAAAAUCACCUAAGUCGAAUCAUUAAGCCAGACUUGGCAUUGGCCCAUGACGAGUUAAAAGAGUAAGCUACAGAAUAAUACUCACGCUAUCAUCCACUUCUUCUAAAACCAACCUAUACACAUGUAUUUAAGUUUAGGCAUGUUUAUCAAGCAGAACAAAAAAGUAUAGAAAACGAUACCAAUUUGGCAGCAAUUACAUCAGAAAGACAGCGUGUCAGGCGACAGGUGAAUGCUAUCAGUACUACUUUAGAUGCCCCUGUAAUCUUUCAUUGGUAUGGAGAGCAUAUAUGAAGUUUGUAAUUUAAAUAACAGAAAUAAAGUGUAUUAGAAGUGAAAAAAUAGUACAGGACAAGCCGUUGCCAUAGGGGCCCAGACACCUCACGUCUCAAUAGCAGCCCUGCUCCAUGACUUAGCUCAUAUGACAUCAGCUGGGACACAUCUGCCCCUCAGGGCACUGUUCCCAGUCUACAAAAGGGUCUUUCUCCCAGGCAUGCUAUCAAAAGAGUUUGGCCUUAACGAAGAAAAAAUAUUAAAAUAAUGCAUUUUAAUACAACUUAUGUUCACACUUUUAAAAGUAUAAAUAUUUUAUAGGGAAAAAUUUUCUAAAAUUAUCUAUAGACAUCCUUCUUCCAAAACUAUUAUGAAAUAUCACUGCUUUGCAUAAUUAUUUUUCAAAGAUGUUGGUUUAU